CUUGGCGUGUGGCGAGCGUGCGAAUUCGCUACGAUCGAAUGCUACCGCUCAGUCAACAAAUCGCAGUCAACCAGCCAGUUUAAUACGUAAACUGACGCGGCCAAUAGCACAUCAAGUUGCCACAGUGGGGCUGCUAAAAGUGAUACCAAAAAAAAGUGUGAACGAAAUUACGAAAAAAUUACCACCCAAAAUUUUAUAAAACUUUCAACUAUAUUUUUCCCACAAAUGAGCUACACAAAAUGUUUCUGCGUCGCGCUAUACAAGUCGCCACAGUGUUGAUUUAUUGGUUUGUUAUUGUGCCGGUGAUUGCCAAAUAUUUGGAGGACAUUAAAUGGAUGCGUCGUGGCAAAUGGACACGCAAGAAAUUGGGUUUCUACGGCAUUGCUGCAUUCACCUUCAUUUUCACCUACUUCCUGUGCAUGUACGCUUAUAUGUUGUGCAAGCGUUGGGAGCGUAAAAUACUCACCGACAUGAAACAGUCUACCACCAAAACCGCCGAAUCUGAGGUACCAUCCGCGGCCACAUCAAUGGCUACAGUAGCCGAAUUGGAGCCACUCGAACGCGUGCGUCCAGCGCGCCCAGCAAUUUUAGCAGCACCAGCUGUCUCUAGCCCGAGCGCACAGCUAUUGGCCAAGGAGCAACAGAUGCAGGAGCAUGACGCCAGCCAACAACAAAGACAAACAGGUGCACGAAGUAAAGUGAAAAUUUUACGUUCAGCGCCUAAAAUACCAACCGUACAUCGGCUGCUACCUGCGCCAACCACCACUACAUUGCCAGUGAUUGUGACUACACCGCUGGCACCGCUGCAGGAGCAGCCGUAUGGUGGUGAGCUCGAGGCGAAGAAUAAAAGGUUAAGUCGCGCGGAACGGCUGACAACAGAAUUAGCGGAGAUUUUGCGUCGAUACUAUCGUAUGAGUACGGGUAAUGGCAAUAAUAAGGCAACACCAACGAUGGUGGAGCCCGUGUGAGGUGAAGGGAAUGAGAAAAAUUAAGUUUAAAACGGGGACAUUGAAUCCUUUAAACUUUUUCUGCGAAUCUCAAAUGGAAGUUUGUUGCGAAUGUGACGUGAAAUAUAUGCCAAUUUAAAAAUUAUGUGGGAAUAAUGUAAUUGAAUAAAACGAGCGAUAUGUAGAAGUGAAAUAUGCAAGUUUGGCGGAUCAGAUUUGAUGAAAAUCGAAAAAGAAAAUAUUGACGAAAGUGAUUUAUUUGAAGAAGUACAUUUAAAUAACGCGAAAUACGAAAAACUAUGUUGACAUCAAUAUGAAAAUACGACAGAAUCUAAGAAUUCUACAAAAUAUUUAUUCGGCGAAAAGUGACACUUACGCAGUAGAAGCCUGAAGCCUUCUAAUGGGAAAUAAUGUGAAAGUUUGGUUGCAGUUACAGAAUAGAAAAGCAAUAAAUGAGCACAUGAACACAAUCACUGGUGAAAUAUUUGGUGAUAAGUGGCAAUUGGGCAGUGGAAGUUCGACUGAAAGCUUUUGAAAGCAAAACUCAUGUGAAAGUUUGAACGAUAGUUAGAGGGUCGAGAACAAUUUCAUAUGAAUACAAUGAAUGGUGAAAUUACAAACAAAAGAACAGAAAAUGUUGCAGCUAGAACACUUACGCAGUAAGAAAAAUUAUAUUGGUAUAUACAUACACGAGUAUGUAUGUAACUGAAUAAAUUGUUGUAGUAAAAUACAUGGAAAUUUGACGAAAACUUUUGAGGAGCAGCAAAACCACCUGCAGUAAACGAACAAUAAACCUUUAAUAAAAAGUAAAGUGUAGAAAGUAGUCAUUAAAAAAUAGUGAAUGGAAAAUGUUUAUGUAAUAAUAAGCAAAAGUUUGUUUUA